GCCCAGGUCCACGCCGAGCCCCUGGACAACCAGCCCCUGGACGACGAGGACGCCUGGGCCCAAGUGCCCGUCGAGGACAGCCAGGACACGCAGCUCCAGGACCAGAGCAGCGAGCCCAAGGAGAGCGAAGUCAAGGACAGCGAGCCCGAGGGCAAGGCCGAGGACACCCAGGCCCACGUCCUUGUCGAGGACACCCAGGCCCAAGUCCCCGCCAAGGACAGCGAGCCCGAGGACAAGGCCGGGCACAGCAAGCUCAAGGACAAGCCGCCCGCCAAAGAGCUCGACAGCAGCUACCCCGAGGAGAUGCAGGUCGAGGGCAGCCAGCUCGAGAACAACCAGCUCGACGUCGUCGAGUCCAGGCUCCAAGUCGUCCAAUUCCAGCUUGCGGAGGUCGAGGGCGACCUCGCGCCAGCGAGUCAGGACUCGCUGGUGACCGUUCCUGACGAGGACGCCAGGGCAAUGGCGAGAGCGUCUUUCCAGCGGCUGUCGAGCCGCUGGGAGCUGUGA